AACAGACGAUUAUUUGUAAUUUUGCUUAUAUUAAAACAUUAUAAAGCCUUAACUUUAAAUAUGAUAUGCUGGCCAGUAUGAUUUUAACAGAGACGGCAUUUAUAAACUUUUCUAUAUCAUCUUCUUUUCAUCAGAUUUAAAAACUUUAUAUCAAUAUUAAUCAGUUCUAUGAUACUGUAAUUAUAUUCAUAAAAAAAAUCUGAUAUAUAUAUAUUAUAUGUUAUAUCCCCCCCCCCCUCCAUAAGAUUAAAAUCAUACAAUAAUUAUUUCAAGGAGAUAAUGCACAUUUUAUUAUUCUGAUGUCUCUAUCUUACUAUAAAAUUUCUAAACAGAACUAAUUUUCAAGAUUAAGAAUUUAAAUAAAUAUCAUAAUAAAAGAAUCAAACUUUAAGAUUAGAAAUUUUGGUAAUAUCUUAUGUCAUCGUCUACUUUAGUAGAGUUGUUCCUUUUAAUAUUAGUAACUGACAGUACAAGUUAAACUGAAUAAGAACUGAGAACCAAGGGAGGUCCGAUACCCAAAACAUAAUACAUUCCGGCCUUCAAAAAUUAAUGACUACAAAUUAAAUUGAUAGUGUAAUAUCUAAUUAAUAUGUACAGAUAAUGCAGCAGUCUUUAAGUAGACCGAUUUACGCAAGCCCCCUGAAGACUGGAGACCGUCCAAAAAAGCAAGAUGGCCGUCUUGAUUAACUAUUGUCUCAUAAUGAUACAGCAAAUUGUUUCUUAAUCAGUACAGGUAUCAUUAAUUUCAGGUAAAUGUCUAAAGAUGAGUCAAAAAUAAAUAUAGGACACUUCACAAGGGUACAUACAUAGGGUGUUGUAAUACAUACAUACAAACAGGGGGGUGGUCAUUAUAUAAAAUAAAUGACAGUAACUCCUGUCAUACUUUUUUCUCCUUUUAUUCUUUUAGUGUACUGAAACGUACUGAUAAAAUAUCCUGCAUGGACACCUUUAAUUUAAUACAUAUAUAUAUAAUAGAUUUAAUCAACGGGGUAUUAUUUAUCUACAUUGUACACUGUAUAAAACAUAAAAGUAAAUAAUAAAUACUCUGCCAUGGUCCAUAGUUACAAAUGUAACAGUUUAGUCAACGGUAACUGACUUCUUUUUGUGAUCAAACAAAGGAGGUCUGAGAAUACUGACAGAAAGUAUUAACAAGUUAUCAUAUUUCUACGCAAGGUGCUUACUUUCAGGCUUCAGUGCCAAACUAAUGUAACUAUUACUUAUAACUGUUAUGAAGUUAGAACACUUUAGCACUUAACUAUAAACAUAGCUUUAAUUUGACAUUUAGUGCUACGACAGGGGAAUAUGUGAAAUCUUUUUUUUAAAAAUAUGUCACAGAGAUGACUAAAAUUUUGUAUUGGCGCAAAAAGAAAGACAUUUAAAAAUCAGUACUGUAUUUGGAACACUGAUGAAAUUCUUAAUUUAAGUAUUAACUACAUGUUUCUGUAUAUUUAUGAUUUUCUUAUGUAGAUUUUAUAUGAGAUUUCAAUAUGGCCGCAAUUGAAAUCCAAGAAUCCGGCCGUCUGUCCAUUGGAGGAUUUCCAGAUUUCUGUUGUUUCAUUGGUGGAUUUCAAACAUUGAACCUUAUAAAAGUCGGAAUCCAACCAAUGUUGUCACUGAGGGGGCCUCCGUGGCCGAGUGGUUAAGGUCGCUGACUUGAGAUCACUGGUCCCUCACCGCUGUAAGUUCGAUCCUCACUUGGGUCGAAAUCUUUCAUGUGAGGAAGCCAUCCAGCUGGCUUACGGAAGGUCGGUGGUUCUACCCGGGUGCCCGCUCGUGUCUGAAAUAAUGCCCGGAGGGACACCUGGGGUCUCAUUUCUGGGUUAACAGCCAAGCUACAGCCAAGUGCUUGCGAUGAUGUCAUUGCGGGGGAUCAGUUAUUAACCGAUCAGAGUCAGUUAAACGCUAACGGCAUUUGCAUAAAUUUACCCUUUCGUAAAAGUUACGGACACAUCUACAAAGCGCCAAAUUCAAAUUGUAAAAAGUUAUUAUAACCGUAAAAAACAGUUCAGAAGAUUUAUUUUUCAGUAGCAAUGAACAUAUAAUAUGAUAUUUAAAGAAAUUAAAAAUAGAAUUGUAGAGCUAGAUCCAAACCUAAGACCGAGGCGCAAAUAUGGAUGGAAGGAGAAGUUUCUGUACGUAGAUCUAUAUCUUUUGUUCCCAUUGGUCAAUUAUCUGAUUCAUAUUUUGCUUCUAUUGCUAGUAAAAGGCUUUUCAGCGUUACGAUCAACCUGAGGUCAUUUUGAGCCUCUACCGCCCCCUUCACCCCCCCUCAAUCAGAAGGGGGCACAUCCCCUUCUGGAAACCCCCUGAUGGAUCAUUUUGAUGGGGGCCUUGUCGAAAAAGUGGUCACUUUUUAAACAACAUUUCUAACGAAAAACAGUGUUUGGGGCUUAAAGAGGGCAUUUUUUUCACUGUUUGAGGCCUGAAUACAGGGGGGGGGGGGCAAAAAGCCGUCAAAACACAUCUAUAUAAUGGAAAAGGUUAAGUAGCCGCCGCUGAUUAGUGUGUUCUUGCUUCACACCCUCGCCAUUUGAAGUUGUUGAUUCUUAAUUAUCUUGUUGUACCAGAAAGUAACUCUUUCCAUGACUUAAUUAUCUCAGAGAACACGACUCAGUUAGUUGUGCGCACGACUUACUAACUCGUGGCAAAGAAUUUCGUUCGCACCAUUUAAUUAUCUCGUGCGCACACUUUGUUACUUGUGGCCACGACAUAGUAUAUGUCAUGCGCAUCACUUUAUUACCUUGUGCACACGACUUAGUAACUCGUGGCUACAACAUAGUAUCUCGUGCGCACCGCUCAAUUAUGUCGUGCGCACGCACCCUCUGAGAGAAUUCAUCAUCUCUUAAAUUAUACUUAAAUAAAAUUCGUCCACCUUUAACAGUCUGCAAAUUAUACAUGUAAGGCUGUUCCACAUGUUAAGUAAAAUGUAAUCUUAGCCAAUAGUCACACAUUUACAUCGUAAUGCCUGCCAAUCUCCUAGUAUGGGCGUGUUGUAAGUUCGACAAAAAAGGGACGGAGUAAACUCUAAAUAUAUUUGAAUUAUAUACAAAUUAAGAGCAGCGUUCGCUAACUUUCCUUUGCACUUAAGUUGUAUAUAAUUCUAAUAAAUAUACUAUAACAUAUAUUUAUCUAUCAAACUCUAUAUAAGUAUGAACUUGAUUACCGUUACGUUAUAAUCUCUAAAAUUAUAUCUUAGGGCGGAGCCACCGUCAACCGUUUUCAUGAUUGGCGUUAUGUAGAAUGUAUUUGGACUGUUUCCAAGGAUAAAACGAGCUGACAUAUCACGAUGACCUAGUGAAAGGGUGACAAAAAAAGAAUAUUGGUUAUUUAUGCUGUUUUACUGAUAUUCUUUUUGCACUUUUACAAGGUGUUUUAAGUAACAGUUAUAGAACAUGAAACGAGUUAGUUACGAGGAUAUAACACUGGCUGGGGCAGCAUCAAGGGGUAUUUCUGCUAAAAAAAUGGCGAGGCCGGUUAUGUCAUUAAAAGUAAUUAAAUCCUAUUUAACCAGCUUCCUUCUAUUGUUAUACGAUACAAUGUCUUAGGUAUACAGAAUAUGAAAAAGAUAAAGUUUUAGAUAUGAAAAAUGUACAUAUUUAUUUAACGGAACACAAAAGUCACCUUCAAAACGUUAAUCAGGUUGUCUUUCUCACGAAUGAUUUAAGAAAGUAAACAAAUUCCUGAAAAGAAUUGUAAUGCUGGUUAAGGUAUAAUGUCGUAGCAGGCGUACGCGCUUAUUCAUUUCUUUAAAUUUGAUUUAGAGUAAAACAUUUUGGUUCGUUUACUUACUGUGUUAUUCAUUUUGGCAAUAGCGUUGCACAGAUUCGGCGUUAAAUAAUUUACUUUUACGAUAAUUGCACGUUCCUGCGUUACUGGAUAUGCAUGGGGAUUUUUAUGGUACAAAAUGAUCCAAAAUGAAAAGUUUUGCGGGUUUUUCUUUCUUAUCGAGAUAAAAAUCGCACAAAACAAAUAAAUUUUCAAUCGAAUCAUGUGUAUAUUAUUGUAUCACCCUGUUAAAUAUUUUUAUGCUUUUGUCUCGCGUCGUCCAUCGUCUAUGGUCUUGAGGCAGCAUCUUUUGCAUCAAACAUCAUGUUUCUUAACCAUUAGGCUACUAUUUUUUAAACUAAGCAGUAGCCUGGGGUCAGAAUCUCGAAACUAUCGUUACCAUAACGCAUGUCGUAAGCCUCUCGUUAAGGUUUUCCCUGCUAUCUCAAAGCUUAAGUUAUUAACAAAUAAUCGUCAAAAUCCCAAAUUAAUAACAGAUGCUUAGAGGGUGUCGUAAAGCUCUCGUUACUAUCAAUUUGUUACGGUGGCACAUACAUGACAUGUGUGUGUUUUUAUUUUUCUCGUGGCCAGGAAAUACUAUGUCGUAGCCACGAGGGACUAAGUCUUGGCCACGAAAUAGCUAAGUCGUAGCCACGAGAUACUAUGUCGUGGCCACGAGUGACUAAGUCGUGGCCACGAGAUACUAUGUCGAGUUUCUUAGUCGUGGCCACGAGAUAGUUAAGUCGUGGCCACGAGAUAAAAAAACAAUCAUGUUACACCAUUUAUAUGAAUUUCCAUAAUUAACUAGACAUGUGCUCGUGGCCACGACUUAGUAAAUCGUGGCAACGACAUAGUAACUCGUGGCCACGACUUAGCUGUCUCAUGGCCACGACUUAGUAACUCGUGGUCACGACAGUAACUCGUGGCUAAGUAACUAGUAACUAAGCUAUCUCGUGGCCACGACUCAGUAACUCAUGGCCACGACAUAGUAUUUCGUGGCCACAACAUAGCUAUCUUGUUGCCACAACUAAGCUAUCUCGUGGCAACGACUAAGUAAUUCCAUAUACGGCCAUAUAACCAGUCAAAAAUAUUUAUAACGAAUUUAUAAAUAUGCAAACUUCCUUUUUUAAAGAAAAAGUAAGAUUUCCAGCUUGUGAAAAUAAAUGGAAUUUUAUCAUGUUUCAUGAAAAUAUUUCAUAUUACACUCAAACGAAAAAACAUCUUAAUAUUUCUUUAAAACUUACCCAUCAUUGUCACGGUUACUAUCGUGUGUUUUUUUUUAACUUACAUGACAAAAAAAGAAUUCUAGAUUAUUUAUGGUGAGACUAUUUGCAUAUACCUGUACAUACUCCAUUAAUUAAGCAUUUACUUUGUAAACUAAGCAAAGUUAUUUUUUAAUCUAUUGUCUUUAUAUGUGUUUUAAAAAAUGGUCUUUUCAAAAUAGGAACUAUGACGACCGAGUUUCAUUUAGAUAUUUGCAGUUUUAAUAUUUCAUCAAUUGAAGCAACAUUUUCAAUUUUGAAUAAAAGGCAGUAACUCCAAUAUAUUACAUAAGAGAGUUAUUGUUUUUGUUCACUUUAUUUUUUUUCUCCACCAGAUUGUAUCAAAUUGAAACUUUAUAUGCCCGCACGAAAAUAACGAAGGUACUGAAGACCAUAAGUGCCAAUUUUGUGUAUUUUAUUAACUCAAAUUUCGACAUACUAACUCGAAAUUUCGAGUUAAUUAUCUCGAAAUUAGUAUGAAAAGAAAUGUAAGCAGCAAUUUAGAUUCCGAUCAUAUUGUGAUUGAUGGACAGAUGCAUGAAUAUACGCCUUGACGGAAAACGCUAUACCUACAUCGGGGCGAUCCCAUAAAAAUACGCUCUUCUGUAGAAAAGCUAUAUCACAUAAAUAACUGUCAUGUCAUGUUGUUUAGUACGCAAAACAUAAAAUGCCAUACUUUACUUUUUUUCAGGUAUUCUUUUGCUGUGUAUUGCAUUAUUUUGAACUUUCAAAAUGUCCUCUGGAAAUAUGCGUGUUAUCUCUUCUUUGUCAAUGAAUGUACGGCGGGCCAAGACUCGUAAGGCAGGAAAAACCCGGGUUAACCCAACAAAUCAAACAGUGAUUACAUCUCGAAACAUAAGGAGAAAAAUUCACCGCUUGACAAGAAGGGUAGCCAACACUUGUAAAUUCCUGGGGCACCCAUCAUGGCCCUGAUAACGAUCCAGCCAAACGGACAAGUGUGUCUUACAGGAUCACCAACCUUAUGUCAGGUUUUAAAAGGCACCAAAGGUCAGGAUAUUCUAGAAGUGGCAGAAAAAUCAGUAAACAAAGCAGUUGUGCCAGAACCAUGUAAGACAGUAGACCUUAGAAAUAUAGACGUGUUUGGUCUAUCCUUGGAAGAUCUACAUAGCACACUAUGCAGAAAAAUAUACUCAAGACUCUGUUUCAACAAAGGUGCUAAAGAACGUGGCACAUACCACCAAACGCAGAAACCAGAGUACUGGCCAAAAGAAGUUCCUUUCUGCUCGCACUCUGCCAAAGGACCUGAUGGAAAAGGGCGGAUGAUUUCGAUCAAUCAAAUAAAAGAAGUUCUAGAAUGUUUCAGGAGCUACUGCGCAGAGUUGCAAAAGUUAGCUGGAUUGGAAAAGGGGAAGCAUCAGAAGAGACAGUUUAAUCACGAAGAGUUGCAAAGUUUUAGUGUAGAUGAUGUUGUGAUGGAGGAGGCCCAGCAUAAUGAUGAAAAAGAAGAUGAAGAAAUGGCAGAUUUGAUUUAUCAUAACGAGUGGCAAAGUAUAGGAACAGAUAGGAAAGUGAAGGGAGUGGGGCAAGAUAUUGGAGAAGUAGAUAUAAACAUAGACGAGUUAAAACAUGAAGAGUUGAGUGAAAUCAGACUUGAAGAAACAGGUUCGGGGUCCACAAUCCAACAGCUAUUAAAUAAGAAUGAUAUUGAUGGAUGCAUAUCAUACAUUGUGAAAAAUUGGCCAUUGGAGCACGAAAUUGAACACAUUGCAGCUUAUCUGCAGCGUUCAAAGCCAAUUCAAAUAGAUUCCAUGCCUGACAGAUUUGCAAAAAGAAGGUACAGGGGACCUAGUGAUAUGGUCCCUGGGAAAGAGUAUAGCAACAUAUGGGAAGUGCUACAUGAGUUUCCAAGCCUGGCCAGACUACACGUGUUUCUAUUUGCAACUGAACAUAUAGACCAUUAUGUGGCGCAAUAUGAAGAAAUGGAUUCGUCCUUGUAUGAAAUAAAACUGGCAAUGAAGAGAUUCGAAAGUUCGGCACCAACCAUUAAAGACUUUUUUACAGAGGAAGCUCUUUCAGUAUUGACAGACAUGAUGAGGGGUCCAAUUACGUACAUGUUGAUUGCUGGUGCCUUGAAGGCAACAAUAACCAUUUAUGAGAUGAAUAGGGGAGCCAUAUCAUUCCCCCCCUGUCCAUGUGAUGAAGCUGAUUCUCAGCAAUUUAUUUGGAUUGACCGGAGGGAAAGGGUGUUUGGGCUCAGUCAAGAGCAUGUCUGGUCCGGUAAGCUUUUUUAGAUAUCUAUGUAAUUU